AUGUCUAGGUCUGACGAGAACUUUGAGGCAUGCUGCGUUUGCGGUAGCGAAGCCUCUAGUAUGUGCCAAUGCGCCCUGCGAUUAUAUUGCGGCAGAGAAUGUCAGGAGUAUGAUUGGCGGACGCAGGUGCAUUAUAUCGCUUGUCCAUCGGAAAAAAGAGAGAAGCGGGCACCACAAUCACUCAAGGUGGGCUCAGAAAUUGGAGGGAUUGACAGCCGUCAUAUUCCUGAAAAAACCUCCCAUCACGAUGAACCAACGCGUGACGAUGAUGAGUACAAGUGGCCCAUUUCUACACGUCAGUACCGACGCACCUCUUCUGCAAGCCAAGGUUAUACAAAUUCUAGCACUAGUCAGAACAAUGAGAUCAAUGGUGAAUCUUUUGGCUCGAGCGACAGCCAGUUCAAGUCUCGACGUCGUUCAACACUUCCGGCAGUGCGAUAUAGGCCGUAUGAUAUAUCCCCAUCUGUGGAACAAUCUAACAGGAUAAAGCCAGAGUAUGCUUCAUGUGGAAGCAAUAUUUACCGACCGGAUAAAAAUGAAGGCGAUCAUCGACAGCAUGGGCAAUUAAAUACAGAAGGCUAUUCAUCGACUUCGCCCUCUGGAGAAGAGUAUCCCGGUUCUACUCGCAAGUCCUACAGCUAUGAACAUGGCAGUCGCUUGUGUAGGGAUGGAUGCAGAGUAGGGUUGCCACUAAACAGCCAUAACGAGAACAUACGGAGGGCUCCCAGCUAUAAUUCGCCUCCGGGGCGGAGACAUAUAUAUUCUGAUAACUCUCAGAAUGAAAGUCACCCAAUUUCAAAUCAAGAUUUGGCAAGGAAUGUAUUUAGAUCCCAUAACCGAUUGACGUCCUACACAAUGAGCCACCGGGGCGGUCGUACCUCUCCAAGACAUUCGUUUACCGAGUCAAAUGAACUUAAUGAUCUAACAGGUGCACUUCCAACACUCGUUGGAGAAAAAGCCUCCAUGAAAGUGACAGCAGGAUAUACGGGUGGAGAACAAGAUAGGCAAAAAGGAGGAUGGGAUAGUCAAUCGAAUUCGCUAAGUUGUGCAGAGUUGUCGCUUGAAAGCACCAGAGCAAAUCGUAGGCGGAGUAUGCCGCACAAUGAUACCACCACUGGAAUCGUUCCUCAAGCAAUAGAAACGGACCCUGCGAAGGAAAAAGACCCCACAGCCCAAAAGAGCGACAAACCUGCUGACAACUCAUUUAUCUGCAAAUGGGAAGGUUGCGGUAAAGUUUGCCGCUCUAUUGGGGGUUUAGUCAGGCAUACCCAUCACCACUCUAACAGGCCCCGUAUUUUUCCAGUGGACGCAAAUGUUUACCCGUAUAUAUGUCAGUGGAAUGGAUGUGCUGAAAAGUUCAAGCACGUAAGCGAUCUUAACCAACAUGCUGCGAUGCAUGCCACUGUGUCAGACGCUCGUUUGCGCCAAGCAGGUGGUGAAAAACCUCAGAUUUUCAAAUGUAGUUUCAAGGGGUGCGGAAAAUUGUGCAGGUCCGUCGGUGGACUAAAACAGCACUCAGCUGUUCACAAAGCCGAGGUCGAAGCAGUAGUGAACAAUCAAGUUAACAAAUACAAUCAAAAUUACUCAAACAAUGCGAAAGAACAGAUGGAGCGGGAUGCACACACUAAAACACAAUGGCGAAACCGCAGUUCAUGCUCUUCUCAACUAGGUAGGAGGAAUCUUCAAAACCCUUCGGGCAGGUGCCUGGACAGUGCAGGUCAACUUGGCGCGGGCGAAGAUGCUGUGGAAAGAAAUAUGUUGCAAAACAGAUUGCAACAGGAGAGCGUACCAUAUGAUAGCACGAUAUCGAACAACGGACAGCAUAAUGAUACUAGGACAUCACAUUUUGAACGUGACAGAAUCGGAUCAAAUCUCAGCACUGACACCAGAGAUUGUGGAGGCGGCUCUCGGAAUGCAAGUCAGAUAGCAAGAGGCAAUCCUGCAAGCUAUGCGGACUACAAUUUGGCGAGCACACGGCAGCAGUCUGAAAGCAAUCAUCUGGAACACUCUAGGUACUAUCCAGGGCCACAAUGGCACAGAGGGACAGCUGACUAUACUGGCCAGAAAAAUGACUUGCACCAGCAUAUGAAAACAGAGGAUAACCACCACAGAGCUCGUUACACAAUCACAUCGCACCAAACAAUAGGUGAACCAUCGCGUACAACUCUUUCGUACGGAAUUAAAUCAUCACAUCCACUAUGGCAGGAAAGACACCCGCUGCAUCAAAGUGUUUAGGAAUAAAAUCAUUUGCACUGCAUACUAGAUGCUAGCUGGAGGGGCGUUAAAUAAGGACGAAUCAGACCGACACUAUUGCUGAAAGACAACACAUAAUAAAAUAUGGCAGUGGUAGAUCUUAUCUCCCACUCACCCA